AUGUCGAUCGUUCUCAUCCCGCGCUCCCGUCUUCGCCGUUCGUUCGCAUUCCCCCCGCCGUUUCCCCGCGCAGCCCAGACGAGCCGUCGUCGCGUCGCUGCUGCCUCCGCCGCUCGCGCAUCCGCCGCAGCCGAAACGUCGGCGGUGCCGCCCGCAUGGCCGGGACGCGCCGAGGCGCCCGCGUCGCCGCACGACUGGGCCGAGCCGAAGGCGAUCUCGCUGAUUGGGUCGACCGGGUCUAUCGGCACUCAGACUUUGGACAUAGUGGCGGAGCAUCCCGACAGGUUCAAGAUCGUCGCGCUCGCCGCCGGCUCCAACAUCGCGCUCCUGGCGCAGCAGGUGCGCCAGUUCCAGCCGUCGCUGGUGUCGGUGCAGAACCCCGCGCUGGUGGGGGAGCUCAAGGAGGCGCUCGCGGGAAUGGAGCGCAUGCCGGAGAUCGUGGCGGGAGACUCGGGGAUCGUCGAGGUGGCACGGCAUCCUGAUGCGGAGACAGUGGUCACGGGCAUUGUGGGGUGCGCGGGACUCAAGCCGACAGUGGCGGCCAUAGAGGCGGGCAAGGACAUCGCCCUGGCGAACAAGGAGACGCUCAUCGCAGGCGGGCCGUACGUGCUGCCGCUCGCCAAGAAGCACGGCUGCCACAUCCUGCCCGCUGACUCGGAGCACUCCGCCAUCUUCCAGUGCAUCCAAGGGCUGCCAGAGGGCGGUCUGCGUCGCAUCAUCCUCACUGCCUCUGGUGGCGCCUUCAGGGACUGGCCGGUGGAGAAGCUCAAGGAGGUGACCCCAGCGGACGCGUUGAAGCAUCCCAACUGGAGCAUGGGCAGGAAGAUCACUGUCGACUCCGCUACACUCAUGAACAAGGGCCUGGAGGUGAUAGAGGCGCACUACCUGUUUGGCGCGGACUAUGACAACAUUGACAUUGUGAUCCACCCUCAGAGCAUCAUCCACUCCAUGGUUGAGACUCAGGAUUCGUCGGUGUUGGCGCAGCUGGGGUGGCCGGACAUGCGGCUGCCCAUCCUCUACACGCUCUCCUGGCCCGACCGUGUCCCCACCUCUGAAGUCACCUGGCCCCGCCUCGACUUCAUCAAGAUGGGCGACUUGACUUUCAGGGAACCCAACCGUGACAAGUACCCGUCCAUGGACCUCUCAUAUGCAGCCGGCAGGGCGGGCGGCACCAUGACCGGUGUGCUCAGUGCUGCCAACGAGCAGGCUGUGGAGAUGUUCCUCGAUGACAAGAUCCACUAUCUGGACAUCUGCCGGGUGAUCGAGGGCACGUGUGAUCGCCAUCGCAACGACCUCGUGCUUGCCCCGUCACUGGAGGACAUCGUGCACUUCGACCAAUGGGCUCGCGUCUACGCUGCUGAGGUGGCAUCCAAGCUCAGCACCCUCAACAUGCCUCCAGAUCCGGAGCGUCGCGUGGGCGGUCGCCUGCCGUAUGGCUCGUCGCACGCCGCCAUGUCGUACGGCGCGCCGUUCGUCGCCACCUCCGCGCCCAAGCCGGAGCCCACUGCGCGCCAAGCGCCGUCCGCGGAACGAUCGCGCGGCGACGGGCUCAGACGCCCCGCGAGGGUGGCGCGGCGGGCGCGGAUGCCGGGGGGAAGGGCGCAGCAGGGGGGCGAGUUGCUAUGCGGGUGCUGCGCGUGGUUUGGCGCGCUGUGCGCGCGGCUGCGGCCGUCGCGGAAGGCGAACUGGCCGUACGCGUUAGUGAGUGUUGUGUUUGUGGCGCUGGUGGCGUCCGAGCAGAUCGCCCCGCUGCUGCCCUCCACUGCGCGUGGUCGAGGGGAGGCGCGCGCAGGGGGAGGCGCGGAGGAGGAGGCGGUGAGCGGACCGCUGACGCGGAUAGUGAGGGUGGAGGAAGGGAGGACUAGGGGGAUGGGGAGUGAUAAUGGAGAAGAGAGUGUGGAGUAA